CCAUCCAUCCCCAUGUCCCGUCCAUCCCCGUGUCCCGUCCAUCCCCGUGUCCCGUCCAUCCCCGUGUCCCAUCCAUCCCCGUGUCCCGUCCAUCCCCGUGUCUCUCCGUGUGUCCCCCCGUGUGGCAGGAGCUGAUCCGCAAGGGGAUCCCGCACCACUUCCGAGCCAUCGUGUGGCAGCUGCUGAGCAGCGCCACGGAGCUGCCCCUCAAGCAGCAGUACUCGGAGCUGCUCAAGAUGUCCUCGCCCUGCGAGAAGCUCAUCCGCAGGGACAUCGCCCGCACCUACCCCGAGCACGAGUUCUUCAAGGGCCAGGACAGCCUGGGCCAGGAGGUGCUCUUCAACGUCAUGAAGGCCUAUUCCCUGGUGGAUCGGGAGGUGGGAUACUGCCAGGGCAGCGCCUUCAUCGUGGGACUGCUGCUCAUGCAGAUGCCCGAGGAGGAGGCGUUCUGCGUCUUCGUGCGCCUCAUGCAGGAGUACCGGCUGCGCGAGCUCUUCAAGCCCAGCAUGGCCCAGCUGGGGCUCUGCAUCUACCAGUUCGAGUUCCUGCUCCAGGAGCAGCUGCCGGAGCUGAACGUGCACUUCCGCUCGCAGAGCUUCCUCACCUCCAUGUACGCCUCGUCCUGGUUCCUCACCCUCUUCCUCACACACGCUUCCCCCUGCCCGUGGGCCACGCGCGGCCUUCGACAUCUUCAUAUGUACGAG